AUGGACGAGGUGGCAUUUGUGGAAUCGCUGUUUUCACCCGAGAUGCGGUCGAGUAGCGGCCCGACGCCCUCAAGCGUCUACUCGUCACCCUUAUCGUCGUCGUGCGGUCGAGUCAAGACGCUCAACAGCACAGGCGGCAACAGCAACUUCAACCACAACAUCAACUCCCUUGUCCCUGCUCCCCCAAACUCGCUGCUGGGCGGCGGGAUCGCCCUUUCGCAGCUCCACGCGCCGUUUCAGCCACUCACGGCCGACGAUGCGCCUCUCUUCGUGCGGCUCCAUGACGACGACGUGUUCAGUCAGAUGCUCAACGAUCAGGACUUUCCCGACUUUGCAUCGGGGCUCAAGCGCGAGCACGACUCGAGCGGCAAGUUGCUCACUUGCAGCCCGACAACGUCGUUGCUUCUGGAGCCUCUCGAGUUGCCCCGACUACAGGGCGACGUACCGGUGAAAGACAGUGGUGUCUACUCUGACAUUAUGAGCUUCCAACAGUCGUCGUUUCGACCGAGACGGAGUGGGAUAUUACCGACGACUGCCGGGCCGAUGACUACUCCGAUCGGACAUGGCUACACUGUUGACACGUGUAAUGCGCAAUUGAUGGCAGGUGUGUCGUCGACUAUGAGUGCGCCCAUAGGUUUUGAUCCAACGAGUGGCGGUGGCACGUUUGUGAGUUACGCGCCACUGGCGGCACAUCCGUGGAUGCAGGAGGAAGUCUCGACGCCAAUGAGCGCACUGCCAGCGCCUGCACUUGAUGAAGACCGUGAUGGCACUGGCGACAGGGGGAGGGGAACGUGA